AUGGGAAACCGCCAAAGCCGACGCGCGCGCGCGAACGAUCCUCCUCCUCCUCCUCCCCCCCUCGACCCCACGUUCGCGCCCGACCUCUGCGUCGACGUCGCGUGCCUCGUCAUGCGCCACCUCGACAGCGUGAGAGACCGCGCGUCGUUGCUCUGCGCGAGCCGCGUUUUUCGCGAGGCGGGGAAGCGCGCGGAGAGCCUCCCGACGUCGCUCGACUUCGCCGCGUGCCCGCGGGCGAGCGGGAAGAGAGCGCUGGCGUUCAUGCGGCGCAUCACCGGGAUCUCACGACCGCGGUCCAUCGCGGGGAAGAGAGUGACCGUCUUGACCGUCCCCAAGGCGCUGCUGCUCGACCGCGUGCGCCUCGCCGGGUGCCAGGGAGUCACGAAGAAGCACCUCGCGGGUCUCGACGUGUACGUUCGUCAUCGGCGCCGCAGCGCGCGACCUUUCCUCGCGGGGCCUUUCGAUCUCUGGCCGUGUGUCGAGUGCGACAAGGUCGUCGACGACGAGGGCGGCCGCGCGUGCGUCUGCUGUCCGAGGACGAGAGUGUUUUGCACGUCGUGCCAGCGGGUCGAAGGCGGCGAGACUGUCUGCGCGUAUUGCAACGACUACGCGUGUUCAUACCACGAUCCGGAAGAAUACGAAGAUGAUCUGGUAUAUUGCGUCCAGUGUGAUAAAGCGGCGUGCUUGAACUGCGCGGUCGAGAGGGACUUGUACUGCAUUGGGUGCGAUGCGAUGAGAUGCGACUUGUGCACCGAUGCACUUACGACAUGUAUGGUGUGCGAAGAAAACUUCUGCGAAGGCUGUUGGGAAGGACUCUGGUGCACCGGAUCGAACCCACGUGGCUGCGGCAAGGCUACAUGCCAUGACUGCCUUGAUAGUGAGCACGGACAUUUCUUACAGUGCGAAGCAUGUGAAGGUUACUGGUGUCGCGAUUGCAAGGUGGUAGCCGGAACGAAACGCGGCGACGGAAAAUUCCACCACGUUCCUUGCGUCGGGUGCGGCGCGGAGUAUUGCGACUCGUGCACGGAGAAGCUCGGGGAGACCGAAAGGAUCUGCACCGAGUGCGAAAAUCUGUAUUGCAAUGAUUGCUGGGAGGAACAUUAUUGCUCAUGA